AUGAAGCCGCUUGUUAUCUACGACGAUGAUGCGGUUGUGCUGAAGUCCAGUUGGCUUCGAUCUCAACAGUUUGCAGACAAAUUUUGGCGCAAGUGGGUGGCUGAAUAUUUACCAACUUUAACUUGUAGAACAAAAUGGCACAAGGAAGCUAAGCCUCUUCGUGAAGGCGAUUUGGUGAUUAUAGUAGACUCUACACUUCAUCGAAAUGUGUGGCCUAGGGGUAAAGUGGUUGACGGUUUUAACUUCGCGUGGAUUGUUGGAGAGGCCAGCGGUCAAGAUCGCAGUAUUAGACGUGGCUGCAGUAAAGGAUGGCAGAACUGCGAGCGCAGCGCCUACUUUUUGCUCUACAAAUGGAUUUGGGCAUGCUUCUUUAUUUCUGUAUUCAUAGCAUCUUUGGUUUUGCAAUUAUCAGAUGGCAAACUCUUUAUCUUCUUGACAAACUGGGGCAUAAUUCUAUGCCUUUUGACACAGCUAAGCGGUGCUGUUCUCGCGACACGAUGGCACUUCAAUUUGGGCGGUGCACGGAGCGUGGCGACUGAAGCUCGAACCCUAAAAGAACCACCGCCCACACCGAAGCUGAUUAAGUUCUACUGGUUGCUGCACGGCUCGUCCUUGUCAUUGGCACUAAUCAUCACAACGGUUUAUUGGAUGUUCUUGCAUGGGAAAAUGAAUAAGCCGAUGCGCUAUCCCGUGAUGAGCUUCAUUACACACUGCCUAAAUUCAGUAUUUAUGUUGGUCGAUUUUUUGAUUGUCGCAUUUCCGGUGCGUAUAGUGCACGCCCUCUAUUGGAUGCUACUGCCCAUUAUAUACUACUUAUUCACUUUGGUCUACUUCCUCGCUGGCGGCAGGGAUGAAUAUGGUCAUCCCUAUGUGUAUCCAAUUUUGGACUGGACCACUCCUGGGCGCGCUGUAGCCACAUUUGCCGGAGUUUUUGUCUUAUAUUUGAUCUACUCAAUUAUUUUGUUUGCAUUAAGUAAAUUUAAGCGGUAUUUUUCUCGAACUCUGAGCGCCAUGGAUAGUCCACAUGCCAUCGGAUUAAUUUAAAGCAUUGUAGUUAAAAAUAUUUACAUAAAAUCGUGGUAUAUUUAAUCAUAUGACAUUUUUGUAUAUGAAAUUUUGAUAGUACAUUCUUACAUCGAAAUCCUAAUG